UACUCUUUGACUCAGUCAGUUCAUUCGUCGAUGUCGAAUUAGUUCAAAUUCGAUCGCAGAUCACAAUUUUCAGUUUCGUGAAGUGUCGUACCGCUUCAUGAUUAAUUUUCAUCAGUUUGUGCGAUCAGCAAUGAGCUGCGGAUAUUAACAUCAUAACAAAACCAAAAAAGAAGCUCACGAGUGUGCAAGAUGGAGGAAGAUAUGGUAGAUAAUAGUACAGUUCGCAUUAUUAUUAAAGACGAAGAUUCAGUCCUUGAAAGGUCAGCCAUUGCAAACGAACAAGAUUCGUGUUGGCCUGAAAAAAUGAUGCGGUGCAUAUAUAAUUUAGCAUCAUACUUCCGGAAGCCAGAUAUAAAAUGUGAAAACGAAGAAGUUUGGGAGGUUCCUUAUGAAUCUAUUACUGACCAUGUAUACAUUGGAUCUGGAGCCCAAGGAGUAGUAUACAGGGGUAUAUUGCGAGGAGAGAUGGUGGCUGUCAAAAAGCUCACAAAAAAGUCAGAAACUGAUAUCAAACAUCUUAGGAAGUUGAACCAUGAGAAUAUUGUUCGAUUCCGUGGUGUAUGCAGCGAGCCACCAUACUGCAUUAUUAUGGAGUACUGUCAGUAUGGACGUCUGUUUGAAUUCCUGCAUAGUGGCGUCAGUUUCACUCCUAGCCAGAUUCUGAAGUGGGCUAAGGAAAUUGCCCAGGGUAUGAGCUAUCUUCAUAGCCACAAGAUUAUACACCGUGACUUAAAAAGUCCCAAUCUUUUGAUUGCGGAUAAUUUAGUGGUGAAAGUUAGCGACUUUGGUACUAGUCGCGAAUGGAAUGAUGUUAGCGAGAUAAUGAGUUUCACAGGCACGGUGGCUUGGAUGGCACCGGAAGUGAUACGCCAUGAGCCAUGUUCUGAGCGGGUUGAUGUAUGGUCAUAUGGUGUUGUAUUGUGGGAGUUGCUCACUCAGGAGGUUCCUUACAAGAGUCUUGAGACUCAUGCAGUGAUGUGGGGAGUCGGAACUGACACUAUUUCACUCCACAUCCCAUCCACCUGCCCGGACAGCCUCCACUUAUUGCUGAACCAGUGCUGGAGUCGCAUACCACGUAACAGGCCACCAUUCAAGAUCAUUUUGGCGCAUUUGGACGUUGCUGGUGAUGAACUGAACGCAAUGUACUUGGACCGCUUCAGCGAAAUCCAAAGUGGUUGGCGACAGGAAGUGCGCCAUAGCAUGGAGAAAAUGUAUGCAAGACCCGAGCAGCUGCAAGCGCAAGAGGCAACCAAGCGUCGCGAAGAAGAGAAACAAGCUCGCCGAAUGUAUGAGAAGCAAUUGAUGCGCGCUAACGAACUGUACAUGGAGGUGUGCUCCGUCCGCCUCCAGCUGGAGCAGCGUGAGAAGGAUAUUGCCGAGCGCGAAAAAGCUUUGAAGAACUGCCACUGCAAAUCACGCAAGAAGUUUAAGCAGUACAAUCGUCAGACGUCUACGUCAUCUGAUGGAGUGAAGGUUCCAUCGCCAUGCAAGCAGCCCAACAAUGAUGCUCUGCGCCGCCGCAAGAAGAAGCAGCCGCAGCCGAACCCUCACGCUCAGGUGCUGGUGAACCUUGUCAACUCGGAGACCGUGUCCAUCGCAGUUCUUGAUGACCGCACUGGCUGCGAAUGCGACAACAUCAUUGACAACAACAACAUUGAAACUAUGCUGCCGAUGAAAGAUUCCUUUGUUGAGGCCAAUGGCAAUGAUGUUAAGGACAUUGCCUGCAAUGUUCACUUCAAUAAAUUGUCCCUCGUGUAAACUCACUUUUAAAGUCUAUUCACAUUUUGAACAGCUCUAUGCGGCGGCAUAACAUUUCUCAUUCAUAUGUAUGUCAUUGAUUAUUUACUUAAUAUAGGAUAUAACAGUAUUAGUACUGUUGAUGCAUUUUCAAAGUAAAUCACUUGCAUCUCUUUUCUGUAUUUAAUGUGUUUGUAUGCCAUUUAGAAUGGUUCUAACUUAGAAUAUGACUUUGAUAAGGCACUUGUGUGGAUUUCUACGUUCUUAUAGUGAGUUACACUGGCCUAAAAGUUUACCUAAUUAUUUCAGUAUUAUUUGUUGAUAUUAUUAUUUAAUUUCUACUUUAGUUCCUUAGUUUUUAUAUUAUUUUGUUGAUAUGAGUUGAAUCUAUGACGAAUGAAAGGAAAUUCAUUAAAAAAUGGGUAACAUUCCUAUGACAAGUUUUGUACUUUUUGGGAUCAAUUCUAUAUUGCUAUUUAAAGAAAUAGAGGCAUUUCUGCCGUAUUUAUUUGGUAUAAUUUAUUUUGUGUUUACAAGAGCUUUUCUAUUUUAUAUGAAUAAAAAUUAUUUUUGUACUGUGGUUUUCGAAGCAGAAAUUGUUACAAGGGGGGAAUUUUUUAUAGAAAAAUAAAAUUGGUUUUGCAAACUGGAAGACAUGGUAUUAGAUUACUCGGCUGUAACAAUUUUUGUCUGGAACAAAGAAUGUGUGAGAUUUACAAAGAUAGAAGUAUUACUUCGAGUUAAGAAAACAAUCUCAAAAUAUUUCUAAUAGUAAAAAAUUUUUUUAUGUCUUUAUUUUUACUUUGUAUUUUUAUAUUUUUUUUUAAGUAUUUUUUAUUAUGUCAUUCCUAACUAUUCUGUCUGAAAUGCAAAUUAUAUAAUAUAUAGCUGCGUGUUAAAUGUUAGUAAUAAAUAAAAAAAAAUUGAUGUUUA